CCCGCUUAGUGCAAUUUCUACCAGUGGGGUAGGUACAUCAUAGAAUUUUGCAAUGGUUCGGUACUUGGGAAUCGAUAGUAAAAAAAAAAGUAUUAUUAAAUUAAAACGAUUUUGUUAUGUAUUCUUUUCUUCCUAUUCAUCUAUCGCAGCUAAGCCUAAUUGUUUCUGUACUUCGUUUGCAAAACCCCAAUCUUUAUAAACUCACUCUUGACAACUCUAUCCUUUAGCUUAUGAUUAACCCAAGUCCUUUAACAUGAAUUUAAAAGUUCGCUAUUACACAAUACUUAGUAUUGCUAACAAGAAGAAUAGGAGCUACCGUUAAGCUUUAUCGUUUUAUUCACAUGCUCAACAAGCGAUUUCUUCCAGGGGACUCAUAUGCACUUUUAACCCUGAUGCCUAUUUCAAAUCAGAUGCAAGAGAUAGGGCUGUAUUGCGUGCUUCUUUCAAGUUCUUGUUCCUAUAAAUAGUCAAAGCAAACAACUGCGCAUAUUGAACAAGAGCAAUUACUACAACGUUGUAAAAGGUGCUACAACAACGCCUGUGGUAAAACAUAAAGUCUUGCAAGGAUCUAUAUUCGCUAAAAAAGUAAGGCUGAGAAAAGAAAGAAAGAAAACUAGUUUCAAAAUCUCUCAUAUCCAUUCAUUUUUUGGGCGACUAUCGUUCUUUUUUUUUGGUUCUUUAAUAAUUUUUGAUACUUUUUAUAAUGAAUUCUGGGAGUUCACAUAAUCCAGAAGAACAAACAACAACACCUCUUUCUGAAACAUUGAAUUUGCUAGACUCAAAUUCCUACCGGCAAACCACUUUUCAGGUCACUUCAAACUCAACACCGAAACCUCUCACCGAAACCCAAAUUAAAAAUGAUAGUAAUGGAAGCCUCUCUACUCCUAAUGCUCGUAUAAUACCAAACUUAAUUUGGAUAGAAGUUUCAUUAUUUCUAAACGUAUUCCUCGCUGGUUUUGAUGGGACAGUUACAGCUUCUGCUUAUACUACGAUUGGUGAAGAAUUUCACGCUGCAAAUCUAGCGUCAUGGAUUACCACUUCGUAUUUAAUUACUAGUACUACGUUUCAGCCUUUAUAUGGAUCGUUUUCAGACAUUUUAGGAAGGCGAGUAUGUUUAUUUAUGGCAUCGGGACUUUUUAGUCUUGGUUGUCUAUGGUGCUAUUUUGCUAGUGGGAUCAUAUCUUUAAUCUUUGCAAGGAGUUUUAUGGGAAUUGGAGGAGGAGGAUUGAUCACACUGUCGACAAUCAUCAACUCGGAUAUCAUUCCAACAAGAAAACGAGGACUGUUCCAAGCAUUUCAGAAUCUGUUAUUAGGAUUUGGUGCCAUUUGUGGAGCAUCUUUUGGAGGUGUACUUUGUGAAGCAUUUAGUUGGAGAUUUUGUUUUCUCAUCCAAGUUCCUUUUUCACUUUCAAGUAUUGCCGUAGGGUAUUUUUUUGUACAAAAUCAAACCGGCUUUACACGGCUUCACAACUAUCGAGUCCUUUUGAAAAAAAUCGAUAUAUUAGGAGGGUUACUGUUGGUAUCUGGGUUGACAGCAUUGUUACUGGUUUUGUCUCUUGGUAGUACAAAAUCCAUUCAAACAUAUGGACCCUCUCAAUUUUUACUGUUAUUGGGAGUUUUGUGUAUUUCUGCAUUUGUAUAUGUAGAAUCGAUCACGAAAGCAGCGCCGAUUAUUCCAUUGAAAUUGCUUCGAGGAGUAUACAGUACCCUUGUUUUAACAAUCGGAUUUCUCACUGGAUUGGCAGGGUAUGCCUAUUUAUUUACACUACCAUUACUUUUUCAACUGGUAUUGGGGGAUAGCCCUUCCAAAGCCGGACUUCGUCUUGCUUUACCGUCGUUGUCUACACCUAUGGGAGGAUUGAUUUGUGGUAUUCUGAUGCACCAACGUGUUCGUGUAGGACGCCUACUUUUUUUUGGAGUGCUUCUCAUGGCUUUAGGAUAUGUUCUUAGUUUGUUUAUAUAUCCUGGCAUAUCACCAAUACUACUAGGUCUAUUUUUGAUUCCAGCCAACGUUGGGCAAGGUAUGGGAUUUCCAAGUUCUCUAUUUUCAUUCAUUUUUGCGUUUCCUCAAGAUUCACAUGCUACAUCUACAUCAACGCUUUAUUUGAUUAGAAGCAUUGGUUCAUUAUUUGGCGUAGGGGGGUUGUCAGCGGUCAUUCAAUCGACUCUUAGGAAAAAAAUAUUCACUGACUUGUCAGAAUUCACUGAUCUCAAUGAAAAGCAGAUCCAAAAGGUUAUACAUAAAGUUACCAAAUCCAUGUCUUCUUUAUAUGAUUUACCAGAGGCUAUUCAGAAGAUUGUAUUAGGUGAUUAUACUUUUGCCAUUCGAAAAGCACAACAGUUUACGAUGAUUUGCUGCAUCAUAGCCCUUGUUUUAUGUAUUUUGAAGGACGUGAUAAAACCAAAGACGCAUUCUGGAUUUCGCUAUUAAUCCUUUCGGGCCUAUCUUUUACGUCGAGCAGCAAUGCCAAGAAAAGAAAUGCCAUUAUGGAAUAGUUUUUAAUCACAAUGGCUUUAAAAAAAAUACUAAUAAUUCACCUAUUUAAAGAACUUUUUAUUUUCUGAUCUUUGAAGCGAUUUGUCAAAGGUGGACAGGAGGACUCUUUAUGUCGGUGAGGUGGAUGGCUACAGAUCUCAUUCAAGUGUACAUAUGAAGGGAAUUGCUAUUAGGUUUCUUAUAUAAUGAGAGACUGGUAAUAGAAGCCUUGGUCUUGUUUUUGUUUAUAAAAAGGAAUCUUCCGUUUGCAUUUAGGGCUUUUUUUCUAUAUCUUCUUUACUUGAAAAGAGAAUUGGGCAAAUGAGCAAAUGAAUUUAUUUUAUACUUCCUUUUCUUUUUUCUUUUUCUAUUUUCUUGAACUGUUUGACUCUAAAAUGUCCUUUUUAACUUAUUACACAUAAGAAACGAAUAAUUUUUGUAAACACCCAUGCGGUCGACGUUAACGGUAGCUACAGGAGAUAUUUAAAAUAAUGCUUUUAAUAAUUUAUGAUUAUUUUAUAAGGUCUGCACUCUACCAGAUGUGAGAGAAAGGAAAGCAAAAAAUAAAAGGGGAG